AAAAGGGGGAUGUGUGUCGCUAUAAGAAGCCAAAAGAGACCGAUGCAGUCAGUUGGUUCUGUCAAACUCUCCAAGCGUUAAUAAGGAUAAGACCUAACUACUGUCUACCACUCUGCAUCUACAAGAGUCUGAAAUACGGUUUUAUAAGCCACACAUACGGGUUCUGCGCUACACUUGACACCCUAAAACCCUACAUCCUGCCCUACACCCUCAGGCCUCCACCCUCCUCCCGUCCCUAUCCUGCAUCCCUCUUGCCUGUCCGACUGGGUGUCCCUCUGUAGUGAGUCAUGAAGUGGCCUCUGUGGAGCCUGCUGCUGCUGCUGUGCCGGUGUACCCCAGGACAGAGUGGUUGCCAGGGGGACUGCCUGGCCUGUGGCCUCCUACUAUCCAACCCCCAGAGCCAGCAGCAAGUGUUCAAUACACUGGUGUGUCUGUUGGAGUGUGACGGUCACGUCUCCCCUGCCCUCACCUGGGAUCUGUGUCAGCGAGCCAUGCUACCGCACUACCCCCUCCCACCAGACGAUGGCGCUGUGUCUAAGAGAGCAGAGGAAAAACUGUCCUUAAACCAUCGCCCCGUUGACCUGGAGUCAGAUGGAAAAAUGCUUUACUCUGCAGCCAUGGGGCUCUACCAGCAGGAUGGAGCGGACCAGGAAGACGAGGCCCUGGUGCGACGUGAUUCCCAGUACGACUCCUCUCCGCUGGGCUUGACCGCAGAAGGAGACUCGCUGGCGCUGGGUAUGGAGAGCAGUGAGGAGGAGGAGGAGGUCAGGAGGAGGAGGAGCGGCCAGGGGGAGGAAGGAGACUCGCUGGCGCUGGGUAUGGAGAGCAGGGAGGAGGGGGAGGAGGUCAGGAGGAGGAGGAGCGGCCAGGGGGAGGAGGGAGACGAGGAGGAUGCUGUGGUCCAGCUGACCAAGCGUUUCGGGGGCUUCCUGAAAGGUCGUCACAGUUACAGGAAGUUGAUUGGCGGCCCGGAGAGGAAGUCGCUGCAGAAACGCCUCGGAGGGUUCAUCGGGAUCAGGAAGUCGGCCAGGAAGUGGAACAACCAGAAGAGGGUGAGCCAGCUCCUCCGGCAGUACCUGGGGAUGACCGGCAGCAGAAACCCUGGUCGCGGUGUUGGGAGGUUCACUAACCCAGCCCAGGGCCUCAGGAGGCUACCCAGCCGGCUGUAGCCUUCCCUUCAUCCCCUGGGGCCUCUCUGCUCUUCUCGUCUCCCGUGCCUCCACCCACUUGGAUCUGCUCUUCUCGUCUCCCGUGCCUCCACCCACUUGGAUCUGCUAUUCUCUUCUCCCGUGCCUCCACCCUCCCAGGUACCUCCUAUAGAAAUAGAAUUACUAUAGUUUACUACUUGCUUACUAUUAUGCUGGUAUUCCAUCCCCAUUGUUACCAACAACGUAUACCUCUACCGCUAUGGGUACUGUGAACUCCCUCAUUCCUCAUCGGCCUUAUGAAGAAGAGUAAUGACAUCAUCAUUCUGAAACCCAUCCGCCGUCGUGUGAAGAGUAGUAAGGAAUGUUUCCUUCCGACUACUGCUCCCGACUACUGCUCCCGACUACUGUUCCCGACUACUGCUCCCGACUACUGCUUCCGACUACUGCUCCCGAUACUGCUCCCGACUACUGCUCCCGACUACUGCUCCCAGUUAAUGAAUAAAAAGUGCAAUGUAAUAUUGUGUGUCGGUAUUGUAAGGCCGUACUUCAUGAUACCAUAUCCUGGAUAUAGUACCACCCAUGUUAUGGUGAUGAUUGGGUGUUUAUGACGUAUGUACGCACUUGAUCUUUUUUUUCAUUUAAAUCUUGAGCGAGUGAGGGUUGCAGUUGCUAUUUGCACUGGUCUCUGGGUAAUUCUACAACUGGUGGGUCUGCAUCUUCUCUGUUCUGAGUUCAUUCUGAAAGUUUUCAGAGCCCUUGACUGUUACGUUACAACUUUGUUGUAUUAAAUUAUUCUCCCCCCCCCCAUCAAUCUGCACACAACACCCCAUAAUGACAAAGCAAAAACAGGAUUUCAGAAAUGUUUGCAAAUGUAUAAAAGAUGUAAAACAUAAAUACCUUAUUUACAUACGGUACGCUCCAAAAUAAAUGCACAAACAACACUUUAUCUCUACAAUUAUAUUGUUUAUAUUUUUUAAACGCAAAAUACCAACAUGUGAGAAAUACUCUACUUUAUUAACGUUUCAACUUAAAAUCAUUGUCCUCACAAUGAAUGGCACCCUUACAGAUGAUUAUAAAUAACAUCCAACAUUAAAGAAGGAAUAAAUUCCCCUUAUUUAAGUUUAUCUAAGUCUUAAGGAACUACUGUAUAUUGAGCCAUUACAUCACUUCCUGUUUCACUAGGGUAUAAAAAUGAGGUAACACACAUGCAAUAUCCCGCUGUCAUCCAACACCAUGAGGAAAACAACAGAACUAGCAGAAGAAAACAAAAAGAGACAGAUGGUCGUAGACCUUCAUAAAUCUGGUCAUGGCUACAAGAAGAUCCACAAACAAUUGGAUAUACCACUGAGCACUGUCGGGGCAAUUUGUUUUUAAAUUCUAAAGAUAUGGAACAGUCGCAAAUGC